GCUGUCAACUCUCAAGUAGCUCCUUGAACACCACCCGCAGCGACAGACCCACAACGAUAGGCAUGCUCUCCGCCUUCAAACGGCGGUUGGCUUCUAUUUUACCACCACAAAAGGCGGUCACCUAUGGUCUGAACAACUCAAGGAGACUCGCUCAGAACCCGCGGCCUACCCAUCGCCAAUUUACGAUUUUUCUUGCUUCUGGUUCCCUUCGACGACGCUAUACGACCCCUUCGCACGCUGCUCUUCGUCAAGUUCAUAUCCGUGCCAUCUCUUACUCCUCGAUUCCGAGGUUUGUUGCUCGCGCUUUUCGCGUUCCCAUUGCUGGUGCUACGAUCGGUGCCGGAGGAUUGGGUUAUGCGAACUAUAAGUUUGAAGAGGUGAGGCAGAAAACUGGAGCCUGGAUAACUUCAGCCCAGGAUACCGUGCAUGAUAUAUUUGAUACCGCAUCUGACGGUGUCAAAUCCAUAACGGCGCGUGUUUCCGAACUCAAACUUCCAGAAGUGCCCGCAAUUCCUGCAAUUGAGACGCCGCAGUUUCUGAAGGACUUGUUUGCCGCAAAGGAACGCGGAGAGAAAGGGAAGAAGGAGAGUGAAGACGAAGAACCAGAUGGCCCAAACAAGGGUUCACCGAAGGAUGCUGCUGCCAUUGCAGCCCUCGUUGCUGCAACGAUGUCUUCACCAUCUGAUUCCAAACCAAACUCAGACAACGGACUAAUGCACCUGACUAAGAAACUCAUCGAGAUUCGCACUAUGCUUCUGAGUAUCGACCAAAGCGACGCGCUCAAGUUACCUAGCAUUGUCGUAAUUGGAAGCCAGAGCUCAGGCAAAAGUUCUGUUUUGGAGGCCAUAGUGGGCCACGAGUUCUUGCCGAAAGGCAAUAACAUGGUCACCCGUCGGCCUAUCGAGCUCACCCUCAUCCAUACUCCAGGAAAGGAUGGCCAAACCCCCGUCGAGUACGGUGAAUUCCCAGGUCUGGGCAUGGGAAAAAUAACCAACUUCUCAGACAUCCAGCGCACGCUCACCGACCUCAAUCUUGCUGUGCCGGCGAGCGAAGCUGUUUCAAACGAACCCAUUGACCUUCGCAUCUACUCUCCCAACGUUCCAGACCUCACACUGAUCGAUCUUCCUGGCUACGUCCAAAUAUCCUCCCUUGACCAACCCGAAUCACUGAAAGAGAAAAUCGCUGGGCUCUGCGAUAAGUACAUUCGUGAGCCAAAUAUCAUCCUUGCAGUUUGCGCAGCCGACGUUGAUCUUGCUAAUUCCCCCGCCUUGAGGGCGAGUCGAAAAGUUGACCCCCUCGGUCUUCGUACUAUCGGCGUCAUCACAAAAAUGGACUUGGUACCUCCAGAACAGGGCGCCGCUAUACUCGCUGGGAAUCGCUAUCCCCUCCAUCUCGGAUAUGUCGGGGUAGUGGCAAAAACUCAUGGAAAGAAGGCGAACAAGGAUUCGACAGCUCUUGUUGCUCAGCGAGGAGAGAGGGAUUACUUUGGCUCACACAACGACGUCUUUGGCAGCUCCUCGUCUCUAAUGGUUGGUACAGAUACACUGCGUCGCCGGCUCAUGGAAGUCCUCGAAUCUUCCAUGGCCUCUUCACUCCAUGGCAUCACCAACGCCGUCCAGCUCGAGUUGGAGGAGGCCACUUAUCAAUUCAAAGUCCAAUACAACGACCGUCGUAUAACUGCAGAGUCGUAUGUGGCAGAGACCAUGGAUUCUUUGAAAUCGCGGUUCAAGGGCUUCACUCAACAGUUCCGUCGUCCGGAAAUCCGCGCCAAACUCAAGGGUAUGCUCGACGACAAAGUCAUGGAUGUCCUCGAGCAAUUAUAUUGGUUGGACAAAAGGGCGCCGGAACUUGGUGCCCUCGGUGCUGACCCCAACCUCAAGCCAGAAGAUGUCGAGCCCUAUUGGAGACAUAAGCUCGAAGCUGCCUCAUCACUGCUAACGAAAUCCGGUGUGGGCCGAGAUUCGACACUCCUGGUAGCCGAUGGCCUUCGAGCUCUGAUCGACUCAAUAGCGGCUGGAGAGCCAUUCACCUUCCAUCCCCGCGCUGCGGAACGCCUCAUCCAAUUCUCGCAUAUGAUUCUGCGCGAUAGGAUCGGGCUUACGUCGGAUCAAGUUGAAAAUUGCAUCAAACCUUACAAGUACGAGGUGGAGGUAGAGCCAAGGGAAUGGGAGGCGGGCAGGGGGAGGGCUAUUGAUCUUUUUGAGAACGAGGCGAGCAUGUGCGAGGCGAAGCUGAAGGAAAUCAAGAAGAAGGUGGGAGGUGGGAGAAGGCUAAACGGUCUCAUCGGCUAUGUUAAAGCGCUGGAAGAGAGGCAAAAGGACAGAACGCUCAAGCGUUUGGAGGGUGUUGAGAGUGAGGAAAGUGCCGUUAUCGAGGCGGAUGAUGCAGCUCCGGAAUCGUACCGAUAUCCUCCUGCCCAGAUUAUGGAUGCGCGAUACGCGAUCAUGUACAGCGACAGAUUGAGCAUAUUAAAGCUUCGGCUAGCUGCAUUAAGGUCGAAACGGUGUCGCGCAGGCCCUCAAAACGAAGUUUUCUGUCCAGAGGCCUUUUUAAACGUGGUUGCGGACAAGCUUGCGUACACCUCUGCGAUGUUCAUCAACAUUGAGCUCUUGGAUCACUUUUUCUACCAGUUCCCUCGUGAGAUUGACUCGAGGUUGCUCUAUGACCUUGAUCGGCAGGAGAUUGUAGAAUUUGCUCGUGAAAAUCCUGCCGUUAGAAGACAUUUGGAUUUACAAGAGAGGAAGGAUAAGCUAGAAGAGGUUAUGAAGCAGCUCAACAGUUUGUCGACCCUCCGCGCAGAUCCACAGCCUGUGCCGCGGCGUCAUAGAGGGCUUUUCGGUGGUAUGUUUUAG